AUGGCUGUUUGUCCGGCUAAAACUUUCAAUUUGCGUGAUAACCAAUCCACCCUCCAGAUACGUGUGGAACAAUUACAAGACAAGCUAAAAUUAUCAGAAACUGAGAAUAUUUCUCUAAAUGAAGAGGUUAAAGGCUUGCGUGCUCAGUUGGACACAGCACAUCGAACUAAUAGUGAUCAAAGUGAAAUAGUAAAUCAGUUACAAUCUAGGUUGUCUACAUUAGAGCAAGAUUUGGCCGUCAAAAAUAAACAGUUGUUGGAAUCGAAGAAUUUGCUAACUACAGAACAGGAACAAAAGUCCCACACUCUUGAGCAAUUGGAGCAUCAAUGUCACAACGUACAAAAUUUGGAGAAGAUGUUAUCUUCGAACUUGGAAGAGAUUAACAAGUCUAAUGAAAUUAUUAAACGUUUACAGACUGACGUGAAAAGUUAUCAAGUGAAAGCUAAAUUACGUGGUCAAGUAGCAGCGGAACAGGAACGUUUGCUUAUAACUAAAGACUCUGAAAUCCAGAGGUUAAAUGCAGAAUUGAAUAGUCUGAAGUCAGAACUCGUGAGUGUCACUAGAUGCAAUGCUCAUAUUACUGAAGAGCACAGACAGGCUAUGCAAAGCUUGAUGGAUGCUCAAAAAACCAUUAAAUCAAACGAAACAAUUAUUGCUUGGUUGAAUCGUCAGAUUGCCGAAAAUGAUUUGGGUUACGUGCAGAAUCGUUUGAAGUUAUCAAUACCUCCAGUCACAAAUGAAUCAAACAGUUUAACUAACUCUCCACCUCUCACUUCGACAAAUGUACUGGUGAUUCACGAAAUGAAAAGUCUCCACCACGUAAAAGUACCCUCCUAUCACAAAUACCUGUAAUGCCCUGUUCAAAAAACUGCGCACUUGGCUGCUUCAUCAAGUGUAUGCACAUCUUCCACUGUGGUAUUUACAACACCAAGCACUAAUACUCUGUCACCACUUGGUAAAAAACUUUCGAUACUUACCACCAAUUCAAAUUUGUAUCCACAUUUCAAGAAUCUUGUCUCUCGAACGGAUUAUAAAAAUCCUUCAUCUGAAAUACCUGGAUUGCAUUGUACAACAAACACUUUGAAUUAUAGGAACCCCAAAGAAAAUGGUGAUUUGUUCGAUUCCUUUCCAAUCUCUGUCCCACUUAAACCUGCAAAUGGACCUGCUACACAACCGAUUAACUGUAAUGACAAAGUACAAGAAAUGUUUGAUAGUGGAAAUGCAUGUCAAUAUCCAAGUCCAGUUACUUGUACAAAUGAUGAAAAUUGUCAACAACAGUCACUUGCAUCUGCCUAUUUUCCUCAAGCGUUUCCUUAAAUCGUUGCCUAUUUUGUCUGUCAAUCUCUGCAUAAAGUACUGUGAAAUUUCUGUUUGAUUUUUUGUUCUCAGUUUUGCUACACACUUUAUUUCUUUAUUGUGAGUUCUGACCAGUGUACUGUAUACAUUUUUUUGGUGAUCGGGGUACAUUUUGGAUGAAAAUAUGUUUUUAUAAAUAGGAAUCGGCUUGUGUCGAAUAAACCUUAUAGUAGUUUAUGUUAAGUACAAUGCGGCGCAUUAUGGCAUCAUUUAACGGUUACACUACAAUUUACUUCAAUUAAACCUUGAGUACUUGCAUUUUUGCACCAAGUGUUCACCGGUGAGAUAUCCAUCUAGUUUCGUGAAGGAGUUUAAAAUCUUUGCUGCCAUAUUUUUGUAGUUGC